AUGGCGCCGAGCUCCCCGUCGUCUGCCGCGCCCACGCGCGUCUCCGCACGGAAGCGCGCUGCCAAGACCGAGGAGAUCCACCAGAACCUGGAGGAGGAGGAGGUGGUCGCGGCGGCGUCCUCCGCCAAGCGCCGUCGCAAGGCGGCGGCUUCUUCCGAGAAGAAGCCGAAGCAGAGCAAAUCUCCCAAGGCGGGGAGGAAGAAGAAGAAGAAGGGGGAGGCCGAGAGGGAGGAUCCCGUGGAGGACGACGUCUGUGCGGACGAGCCCGACGAGGAGGAGUUGGCUAUAGGCGAGGAGGAGGCAGAGGCCGAGGCAGAGGAGCAGGCCAUGCAGGAUGAAGCAGCUGCGGCGGCCGCUGCAGGGUCGCCUGGGAAGAAGAGGGUGGGGAGAAGGACCGCCGCCGCCGUCGGCGACCACGAGCCAGAGUUCGUCGGCGAACCCGUCCCCGCGGCCGAGGCGCGCAGCAGCUGGCCCAAGCGCUACGAGCGCAGCACGGCCGCCAAGAGGCUGGAUGAGGAAGAGGACGUCAAGGCCAGGUGUCACUACCGAAGCGCCAAGGUGGACAACAUCGUCUAUAGCCUCGGCGAUGACGUCUACGUCAAGGCUGGAGAAAACGAGGCUGACUACAUUGGUCGCAUUACUGAAUUUUUUGAGGGGAUUGACCAAUGUCACUAUUUUACCUGUCGUUGGUUCUUUCGAGCAGAGGACACGGUUAUCAAUUCCUUAGUGUCGAUAAAUGUUGAUGGACACAAGCAUGAUCCUAGACGUGUUUUUCUUUCCAAGGAAAAGAAUGAUAAUGCCCUUGAUUGCAUAAUCUCGAAGAUCAAGAUAGUCUAUGUUAAUCCAAAUAUGGAUCCAAAAGCCAAAGCCCAACUAAUAGAGCAUUGCGACCUAUACUAUGAUAUGUCUUACUCCGUCGAAUAUUCUACAUUUGCUAAUAUACCAUCAGAAAAUGGGCAAUCUGUUAGCGAAACUACUUCUGGUAUUUCUUCUGAUGAUGCGGAUUUGGAGACGUCAUCUGGUAGGCCAGGGAGGACAGCAACCCUUCUUGAUUUGUAUUCUGGCUGUGGGGGCAUGUCCACUGGCCUUUGCUUGGGUGCUGCAUGUUCUGGCUUGAAUCUUGAAACUCGAUGGGCUGUUGACCUUAACAGUUUUGCAUGCCAAAGUUUAAAGUUCAAUCAUCCACAGACUGAGGUGCGGAAUGAAAAAGCCGAUGAUUUUCUUGCUCUGCUUAAGGAAUGGUCAGUCCUGUGUGACAAAUAUGUCCAUCAAGACAUGAGUUCAGGUUUAGCAGGCUCGGAAAAUGAAGAGGAUGGAAGCAGCCCUCUUGACAAGGAUGAAUUUGUUGUAGAGAAGCUUAUCGGGAUAUGCUAUGGUGGCAGUGGCAGGGAUAAUGGCCUCUAUUUUAAGGUCCAUUGGGAGGGAUAUGGUCCUGAAGAGGACACAUGGGAGCCCAUUGAUAACCUGAGUGACUGUCCACUGAAAAUUAGAGAAUUUGUACAAGAAGGGUACAGGAGAAAAAUUCUGCCACUGCCUGGUGAUGUUGAUGUCAUUUGUGGAGGCCCACCAUGUCAAGGGAUUAGUGGAUUUAAUCGGUUCAGAAACCGCAAUGAGCCACUUAAAGAUGAAAAAAACAAGCAAAUGGUGACUUUCAUGGAUAUUGUGGCAUACUUGAAGCCCAAGUAUGUUCUCAUGGAAAAUGUCGUGGACAUACUCAAGUUUGCUGAUGGCUACCUGGGAAGAUAUGCUUUGAGCUGCCUAGUUGCAAUGAACUAUCAAGCACGCCUUGGAAUGAUGGUGGCAGGCUGUUAUGGCCUACCACAGUUUCGGAUGCGUGUGUUUCUCUGGGGUGCACUUUCUUCCAUGGUGCUCCCGAAGUAUCCUCUGCCUACAUAUGAUGUUGUAGUACGUGGAGGAGCCCCUAAUGCUUUUUUGCAAUGUAUUGUAGCAUAUGAUGAGACACAAAAACCAUCCCUGAAGAAAGCUUUGCUUCUUGGUGAUGCAAUUUCAGAUCUACCAGAGGUAGAGAACCAUCAGCCUAAUGAUGUAAUGGAGUAUGGUCGUUCCCCCAAGACAGAGUUCCAGCGCUACAUUCGACUUGGUCGUAAAGACAUGUUGGACUGGUCUUUCGGUGGGGAGGCUGGUCCAGAUGAAGGUAAACUCUUGGAUCAUCAGCCCUUACGGCUAAACAAUGAUGAUUACGAGCGGGUGCAGCAGAUUCCUGUCAAGAAGGGAGCCAACUUCCGUGACCUAAAGGGUGUCAAAGUUGGAGCAAAUAAUGUUGUUGAGUGGGAUCCAGAAAUCAAGCGUGUGUACUUGUCGUCUGGGAAACCAUUGGUUCCUGACUAUGCGAUGUCAUUCAUCAAGGGCAAAUCACCAAAGCCAUUUGGGCGCCUGUGGUGGGAUGAGACAGUUCCUACAGUUGUGACCAGAGCAGAGCCUCACAACCAGAUUAUAUUGCAUCCGACGCAAGCAAGAGUCCUGACUAUCCGUGAGAAUGCAAGAUUGCAAGGCUUCCCUGAUUACUACCGAUUGUUUGGUCCGAUCAAGGAGAAGUACAUUCAAGUUGGUAACGCAGUGGCGGUACCUGUUGCCCGUGCACUGGGCUACUGUCUGGGACAAGCCUACCUUGGUGAAUCAGAGGGUAGCCACCCGCUGUACGAGCUGCCUCCAAGUUUCACCCGAACUGUGGUGCAGGCGGGGGCUUCUUCUGUUGCAACUCCUGCAGGGGAGGUGGUUGAGCAGUAA